CCCCAAUUGACGUGCAACCCACUUGGGAUAAAACACAAUACAACUUGCGAUUUCCUCCACGCUCGAGGCUGCUAACAAUUAGUUGCUCGGCGGAUAGAAUAUCUGCCUGCUGGCGGGCCACUCCCUGAUUAAACACCAAAAUGCCGCCCCCUAUGCCCAACCCUACGAAGCGGAUGACCGCAAACCCAGCCCGGCCCGCAAGGUAUCGUCCAGGAAAGCCAGUAGCCGGUCAAGAGUCGUCUGACGAAGAAUCCGAAGAGGAGCACGAGAAGGAGCAAGAACCACCCAAACAACCGCAACGGGGACCACCAACCAGAUCUCAGCCCCGGCAGGCUCGUGCCGCAGUACAAGAAGAGAGUGAGGACGAGGACGAGGAAGGAUUUGUUACGGAACCGGAAGCCGAAGAUGAGGCAAAAUCACAACCUCAGACAGUAAAGCCCUCUUUAGGACAGACAGGCCCGGCGCCUGUGAAGCAGGAACAGAGACAGCCGAAGUCUGAAGAGGAAGUAGACGAAUCUGAGGAAGACGAGUCGGAAGAAGAAGAAGGGUCAUCGGAGGAAGAAGAAGAGAGCUCCUCCGAAGAGGAAGAACCGCGGAGAAGAUUCCAACGGCCUACAUUCAUAAAAAAGGAUGCACGGAAACAAUCGGUCACAGGUACUCCAGGACCAGAGACAAAUGGCGGUGCUGCGGCAACAGCAGAGGCUGGAUCCGAAGCUGACAUGCAAGCACGCCGUCUCGCGCAGGCCGAACAAUACAUCAAAGACAAAUUAGAACGCGACGCACUGGCUCGGGCACAGGGGAAAAAGGCAUGGGACGAUGACGAUGAUGUGCUACCCGAAUCCAUGGUGGAUGAUACCGACGGCAUCGAUCCGGAAGCAGAAUAUGCGGCGUGGAAGGUGCGAGAGUUGAAACGGUUGAAGCGGGAUCGUGAAGCCCUUAUAGCACGCGAGAAGGAGCUCGAGGAGAUUGAGCGUCGCCGCAACUUGACCGCCGAGGAACGCGAGAAGGAAGACCGAGAUUUCCUCGAGAAGCAGCGCGAAGAACGCGAAUCGGGUCGCUCCAAGGCGCAGUUCCUUGCCCGGUACCAUCAUAAGGGUGCCUUUUUCCAGGGCGACGAGGCUGCAGAAAUGCUUAGGCGCCGCGACAUCAUGGGCGCUCACUUCGAAGACCAGGUCACGGACAAAUCUACUCUGCCGGAAUACAUGCGUCUACGGGACAUGACUAAAUUGGGUAAAAAGGGUCGGACGCGCUACACUGAUCUUAAGGGUCAGGACACAGGCCAGUUUGGUGAGGAUGUGAAAAGAUGGAAGGGUAGUAUUGGCGGAGCGGGAAGAGGUACUGGGGGAGGGUUUGGGAAUGAUUUGAAAGGAGUGGAUGAAAGGUUCCUCCCUGACAAUCACCGUGGCGGCGGAGGGAUGGCUCCGACUGGCGCCAAUGCAACCGCAGUCGCUUCCAGAAAGGAUGAUAGGGAUCGAGACCGAGAACGUGGUUCUUAUCGCCAACGAGACAGAGACAGACAUCGGGAUGAUGACCGCCGAGACAGGGAGUCAAACAGGCGGAGAGAAAGCAGUUAUGACGACCGAGAUACGAGCCGCUAUAGUCGCAAGCGAUCAUACUCUCCAUCGAGGUCUAGGUCUCGCUCCCGGUCUCCUCGAAGACGGAGACGCGAUACAGACGAUGAAGGGGAGUGGAAUCGUGACCGUCCAAGGGACAGAGAGCGGGAGUCUGCGCGCGCACGGUGAUGAAUUGGAAAGGCAGUGUGAUAUGACAUCUAAAACAGUGUAUAAUGUAGAGUUCUUCGAAUACCUUAAUCACGACCACGAAAUGAAGGAAGAAUAUGGACCCGGCAUGUCAAUAUGUCACUCUCUCUCAGAGAAUUUCAUUUCCGGUUUGCGUUGCCGCAGCUUGACUGACACGAUGUUCAUGCCGCUACCUAAUGCAAAGGCUCGCCGUCGGUUGGCAAAAUGUGGACAUACUUUGCUUGACUCCGUG